GCCGCUGCCACUGCCCCCUUUCCUUUAUUCAGGGAUUCUCUUUGGACGCAAGGUACAAAAGGUCUGCAUCUCGCAGGACCCACUGCCGCCCAAAAAGCAGCUUAAAAAAUAGGCGCACAUCUUGAACCUUUUUCCCAUUCACUAUAUCUUUUUUUCUCCCACUAUCCUAGUUCAUUACAGGAUAUUAAGCUUUUUCGCACUGUUGCUUUAUGUUCUUAUAGCUUCCCUAUUAUUUUCCUCCAGCAAACGCCAUGGCGCAGAAAAUGCAGCCAACCGCGCCCUAUGAGGCCAACUACAGCUACCAGGGAAUGAACAACGUCAACGUUAUCAACGGGAGCGUGCCAAACAUCAUCUCUGAGGCAAGCGGCUUGAUGGGCAAUGCGCAGCAGCAGAAACGCCGAGACCCAGAGCCAGGGCCGGUGUCGAGUGCACAGGGGUCCGAGUACGGCGAAUACGCAGGCAAUGGUCGUCCGCCGCAGGUUAACCGCUACGGAACGCCGCCUACUGGCCCGGCAUUCCACCCGCCACCAAUGAAUCCCAGGCCCCCCACCCAUGGCCCAGGGGCCGGCCCACCAAUGGGGCCUGGUCGCCCACCCCCCAGCGCCGCGGGCAGCGGCUACUAUUCCGGCAGCUCCGAGUAUAGCUCUGACUCUGACUAUCCGGUAGCCCGGCCACCGAUGCACAGGAAGCAAGGUGGAUUCCUGAUGGAGCACCUUAGCUACGCCGACCUCGUCCCUAUUGUGGGCACUAUUGGGACCUUCGCUUACCACAAACUUCGGAGCCGCAAUAAGCGAGAUAAUGCCCAGUACCAGAAACCCUCGUGGAUGAACCAUGUCGAAAACGCCGCGUUCAUCUACACUGCCUACGACUUUGUCAAGGGCCCUGGAGGCUCUACCUCUUCCAACAGCCAGCGCCCGGCACAAGGCCCACGCCCGCCUGGCGGUGCAUUCUGGCUACAGCCAUCGGUGCCAACCGUCCUCAAAUGUACGGCGGAUUCCACCCGUACUCCGCAGCCAGACAAGGGCACCCUGGCCAUGCAUAAAAUCAUAAGCAGUCUGUUCAAAAAGGCCACCUCGCGUGACGCGGCUGUGGACAGCAAUGGGCCCAUUUCGCUGGACGACUUUGACAGGUCCUGCGCCAUUGACAAGCGCACUGCCGAGUACUACCACAGCCUACUUUUUGGUCCGCAGGCAGACCUGAGCAAAGCUACAGCGCAGAUGCUGGGCGGUGCAGCAGCAAUCCAGGCACUCCGGUCCGAGCCCCAGGUGCAGGAGGCGCUGAAGACAGCUGUGAAGCAGGGACAUGCAAACAAGAUACCAAAGGACCUCAAUCAUGAGCAUGUCGUGCUGGGAGUCGCCAUGUCCGAAGCCGACCAGCUGAUGCAGAGAAAGAUCGCCAUUGCCUCAGUCAUCCAGAUCAAAAUGGACGAGGAGAAAACCAUGGGGAUGGGCUCCGAGACACUGCAGGGCCACCAGGAGGAUGGAAACCACCAGAGACGAAGAAAGCCACAUCGCCGGCAUAGCGCAGCCGAGCAAACACCCGGCGGGGCAAGGCUACUUGGCCACCACUGGGCAGAUGAGCGAGGCUGUCAGUAUCAGCACCAGCAGCACCAGUACCAGUACCAGCACAGUCAGCAGCGCUAUCAGCAACAUCAGCAGCAUCCACAGCAUCCACAGCAGCAGCUACAGUCGCAGCCACAGCCACAGCCACAGCCACAGCCACAGCCACAGCCAGCACCGCGUCGUAACACAAACUACUACUGAUACUACCCGUACUAAAUCUGUUCUACAUGUCAUCACCACCACAAAAUUGUAAAACUAUAUUAUAGCGAUAUAGCUAUCUGUAUUACAUGUGUGUUAACUCUUCCAACGGGGUUUGCACAAAGAAUAUUAUAAAAGUACAAAGCC